ACAUGACCAGCCGGGAAAACAGGAAGCGGCUCUAGGGAGGAUCAUGUGACUUCGCCCAGUGCUGUGUACAGGCAGAGUAGAGUGUGCUGUGUUCUCUAUGACAGGUCGGGAUUAUUGAGCGCCCUCUGCUCUGUACAAUGUCCAUCGGCCACAGCAUCAAUGCGGAGUAUGGACACCGGGUGUCUGCCCAGGAUGAGAGAGCUCCACUGCUGGGAGGACAUCAAGCACAUGGAAGGACGUCCUCCGGAGCCUCGUUUGGCUUUUCUGUCUUCAACUUGAUGAACGCCAUCAUGGGAAGUGGAAUCCUGGGGUUAUCUUUCGCUAUGGCCAGCACAGGAAUUAUUGGCUUCAGUAUUCUGCUGUUGAUAGUGGCACUGCUGGCUGCAUACUCCAUUCACUUGUUGCUCCGUUUAUGCAUUCAGACUGCUGUUACGUCCUAUGAAGAUCUUGGCCUCGUUGCCUUCGGCACCCCUGGAAAGAUUCUUGUGGCAUGCGCCAUUCUUAUUCAGAACAUUGGAGCCAUGUCUUCCUAUCUAUUCAUUAUCAAGACUGAGCUGCCGGCUGCUAUUGCAGGGUUCAUAUCGGGUGACCACCAUGGGGCCUGGUAUCUUGAUGGCAGACUGGUAUUAAUAAUCACAUUGGUCUGCAUUGUGCUCCCAUUGGCGCUGCUUCCCAAAAUAGGCUUUCUUGGCUACACAAGUAGUUUGUCAUUUUGCUUUAUGGUCUACUUUGCCAUUGUGGUUGUGGUUAAAAAAUGGUCAAUUCCUUGCCCCCUUCCUCUGAACCAAACUAUGAUGUACAUGGAGGUAUCAAACAGUUCGGAAUGCAAAGCUAAACUUUUUGAAUUUUCAAAAGAGAGUGCAUUUGCAUUGCCCACCAUGGCCUUCUCAUUUUUGUGUCAUACAUCUGUCCUGCCCAUUUACUGUGAACUGAGAAGUCCAUCCAAGAGUCGGAUGCAGAAUGUGGCAAAUCUUGGAAUAUUCCUGAGCUUUGUGGUCUACUUCAUGUCUGCACUUUUUGGCUACCUCACUUUUUAUGAUCAAGUGGAGUCUGAAUUGCUGCAAAGUUAUAGCAAAUUCCUCCCUAAUGAUGUUUUGAUAAUGACAGUCAGGCUGUCCAUUCUACUUGCUGUCCUGCUGACUGUUCCACUUAUACAUUUUCCUGCCAGAAAAGCUGUUAUGAUGAUGAUCUUCUCCAAUUAUCCCUUCUCCUACAUCCGUCAUAUAUUGGUGACACUGUUACUAAAUAUAAUCAUUGUGCUGCUUGCCAUAUAUGUGCCAGAUAUACGAAACGUGUUUGGAGUAGUCGGAUCUACAACUUCAACAUGUUUGCUGUUUGUGUUCCCUGGAUUGUUUUACUUGAAGCUUAGCUUUGAAGACUUUUUAUCUCGCCAGAAACUUGGGGCCUGUGGCUUGCUUGUUCUUGGUAUUUGUAUUGGUGCCUGCAGUUUAACACUAAUUACCGUGAACUGGGCUUACAAUGAAUGAGAGAAUCACAUCGGAGUUUACAUUCAAACAGAAUUUACAGCCAAGGAUAUCCAGUUUCAGGGGGAAAUUGCUUGAGAAAUAGUUUGUGUUAAGAGCACGCUACUCUCUUGCCCUUUGGGUCCUCUGGAAAAAUAAAACUGGUCAAUGGCUGGAAUGGAAGGCCGAAAGCCAAACAUUCACCGUAGAGAGGAACUGCAUAAAUAAACUGGGUGCUAAAUAUUAUGUCACAUGAGCAGAGGUUACACUCGUCCAGACAGAUUAGUUAUAUACGUUGUAAUUAUUGACUUUAUAAAUUAUACAGGCGCUGAGGCUAAUAGAACACCACUGAAAAUUGGUAUGUAAACCUUAAUCAUGAACUUGCUCCUUCACAUCUGUUAAAUGUUUUGUUAUACUUGUAAAAAAAAAA